CGUCUGGCUCGAGCGUCUGACCCGCGCGUGCCUGGGCGCGCCGGAUGUUUUGCCGCGGAAGGCAGGAUGACGGCAGGCGGCCCAGAUGAUCGACCCGGGGACGAGAACUCAUUCCUGGCUAACAAGGAGUGGGAGUAUCCCGCGGACCAGCGGUCAGGGUGGCUGCCAGCGGGCGCCCAGGAGUUGGUCGACACGCAUCCUUGGACCAGGCGGGCGGUGGAGAAGAACCCACGAUUCCCCGGCUACGUCCCGCCCGAAGCGCUUUUCUGUUGGUCGGAGCCAGAUUUUGCAAGCUACAUCAACAGUGGAGGCUUUGUGAAGCCCAAACUGCAGUGCCACUACUACAUCUCACCCGAGAACCCCCAGAGCAUCGUGGACGUGCUUGAGCCAGUGUUGAGUAGCAUGAGGUGGGUGUGCACUGUGGACAGCGACGUUGGCCGCGAGGAAAACGUGCACAAGACGACAGAUUACAUGGGGAUGCCCGUGCCGCGGACGAAGAAGCAGGAAGACGGUACGUACAACACGAUUGCUCCAAAUCGUAAGACCGCUCCCAUAUUCAUUUGGGAGGCAUGUAGAAGCAUGGUGGACCCCAAACCAACCUUGAAAUACCAUGGGCUCGUGAACAAGAUUCAAGGCAUCACGAUGUUUACCAAGGUCGGUAUGCUCGAUCUUGUCAGAGAGAGGUGCAUCGAGCGGGAUAUUCCCAUCAACUUCCCUCCAGCGUGGUACCCGCUGGCGUUUACGCUGCCGGACGACCUGGAGCAGUGGAAGAGACACGCCGAGGCGAACCCCCACAAGAAAUGGAUAUACAAGCCGAACGGAGAGGCGAUGGGCCGCGGCAUCAUCCUUGUAGGCCAGAUCAGCGAUGUGGAUUCCAAAGACCGGCCUUUCCGCACCCGUUGCAAAAAUGUUGAGGUGUUCGAUCCAAACGAGCCUCCGCUCAGUGAGAGGCACUUCGCCAGCUACGGUGUUAUUCAGGAGUACAUGCUCAACCCGAUGCUGCUGGAUAGCCGCAAAUUCGCCGUUCGGCUUUACCUCCUGGUUGCUCGCGUGAAGCCGUACUUAUGUUUCCAUUACAAUUAUGGUUACGUCAAGCGGUGUAGCGAGUAUUACGACGAAAACAAAUAUGGUAGAGAGGAUUUGUUCCGCCACAUCACCAACCAGGAGUUCCAGAAGAAACAGGACACUUUCUCGGACACCAAGGCGGCCGACUUGUUGUCGAUCGAGGCCUUGGAUGCUUACGUAGCAGAGCACUACGGCAUUCCAGCCUUCCGGCUGAACUUCUGGCAGCAGGUGAAGGUCAUCUUCAUGGAGAUAUGCCUUGGAAUGAAAGAGCAGGUUAGUGAGAACAACAAGCUCGGCAAUUUCGAGGUCUUCGGCGUCGACGUCAUCGUCGACGCGGAGCAGAGGGUGCACCUUAUAGAGGCGAACCGAGAUCCCUCUUGGGUCAUGGACACAGAAGUGAAGAAGGCCAUUAUUCCGAGCAUGGUCCGCGAGAUGCUCGAUCUCGUGUUCUGGGCGCACAGCGAGGAUGGGAAGGGGAAGGAGGCGAUACUGUCGGCGCCGAUGCAGGGCUUCGAGGUGCUCGUCGACGAUGCCUUCGACUUCCAGGCGGUCGACCUCGACUGA